GACCCGCACCGGCGCCCUACCGGUUUCCACACAAAUACUACGGGCCUUCUCCUCGUGUCCACUCUUCUUCUCCCCUCUCGCCUCUUCUGGCGUUCUCCCCUCCCCCCAUCGCGGUUUGCCCCGCCGGCGGCGACGCGGACCUGGCUGGCGCGAAUCGGCUUCUUCUCUUUGCGGGAUUUAUGUGCCAAGCUGCAUAUUGUUCUGUUUUAUUCCUUGGAUCAGACUUGUUGAGCUGAUUCCAGCAAGGAGCAAUCUGCAACAACUUGGUGUUAAGCUUGCAUCUUCCCUAAGCAGCUCUAGAUUAAAUGGGAGAAGCAAGCUCGGAUGAUCUUUGCCAUUGUCAAGGGUGUCUUGGCAAGUACACCCUACUCAGAGAUGAAGAGAACCCGCAGCUGGCAAGGUUUGAGAGACGGCUUCCUUGCUUUGGUUGCGGAAUAGGAUGGUCCUCAUUUCUUUUAGGUUUCUUGUGUCCAUUGCUUUGGUACUAUGCAACGACCCUUUACUGCUGCAAGUACUACAAUAGGGAUCCCCGAGAGCGCCCGGGUCUUGCUGCCUCUGCUAUUGCGGCGGCCAUCUUCACUACUGCGGCAACUAUUACCCUCUCCAUCAUUCUGAUAAUCUGGGCACAAAAGUGAUUUCUGAGGCAGGGAGAACAUGGCUGGAUGAUUGGUUGUUUAUCGGCAGAUGAGGGAUUCAGAAGGCAACUUGUAAUGUUGAUGAUAGCAGGUCGUUUUAGUUCAUCAUGUAAUCAUAGUGCAUAUGCAAGUGUUUAUCGAAGGGCUUCAUCUA